GAUUUUUCCGUUACAUAAGUUGUGUUUUCCUCACUAUAUAUAUGUACUCUUCUUCACUAAUUUAAUAUUUUAAUCCAAACACUAAAAACACUGCAAAAACACAAACAUUGUACGAAAUUCAUGGCUAAAUUAAUAGAAGAAGAGCACCCACUAAAAGCUUUUGGCUUUGCUGCUACUGAUUCUUCUGGCUUUCUUUCUCCUUUACAUUUUUCUAGGAGGGAAAAUGGACCUGAAGAUGUAACUAUUCAAAUCCAAUUCUGUGGAGUUUGCCACUCUGACUUACAUUCUGUGAAAAAUGAGUGGGGUUUCACCAGAUAUCCCAUUGUUCCUGGGCAUGAAAUUGUGGGUACUGUCACAAAAGUUGGGAAUAAUGUGAAGAAAUUCAAAGUUGGAGAGAAUGUAGGUGUUGGUGUCAUAGUAGGAUCCUGUGAAAACUGUGAAUCUUGCCAACAAGACUUAGAAAAUUACUGCCCUCAAAUGGUUUUCACUUACAAUUCCCUGGAUAAAGAUGGGAGCAAGACUUACGGCGGUUAUUCUGAUAUAAUUGUUGUUAACCAAAGAUUUGUGCUUAACAUCCCGGAUAACCUGUCUCUUGAUGCUGCUGCACCGCUCUUGUGUGCUGGGAUCACGGUCUACAGUCCGAUGAAAUACUAUGGAAUGGCAGUAAGUGGGAAGCAUUUAGGAGUUUGUGGAUUAGGCGGGCUUGGUCAUGUUGCUGUUAAGUUUGGGAAGGCCUUUGGACUUAAAGUUACUGUCAUUAGUACCUCGCCAAAGAAAGAGGAUGAAGCUCUUAAUAGACUUGGUGCAGAUUGUUUCCUUGUCAGUACUAAUGCUGCUAAAAUGAAGGCUGCAAUGGGGACUAUGGACUUUAUUUUGGAUACCGUAUCUGCAGUUCAUUCUUUGGCUCCAUUGCUUGGUUUGCUGAAGUUGAACGGAAAGCUAGUUACUGUAGGCCUCCCUGACAAACCCCUCGAGCUUCCUGUCUUCCCUUUAGUCCUGGGUCGAAAACUUGUUGGAGGAAGUGAUAUAGGAGGCAUGAAGGAAACACAAGAGAUGCUAGAUUUCUGUGGAAACCACAACAUUACUGCUGAUGUAGAAGUCAUCAAAAUGGAGUACAUCAAUACUGCUAUGGAACGUCUUGCUAAAUCAGACGUACGCUAUCGUUUUGUCAUCGACAUCGCGAAUUCCUUAUCUGCUUGCAAAAUGUAGAACACUCAGAUCAUCUUUCCAUGGAUCUUGUUGGAGUGAGGAAGUUGCAAGUCUUGGUGUACUAACUACAAGCUAAGUCUGAAUAUAUAGUAGAGUAAUAAAGUUGGUCUAGGGAUAAAAAAAAAAUACUUAAGUAUCAUUCACUGAAGUAUUUGAUGUUUGAUAAAAUUUCAUAUGCUGCUAUAAUGAAUAGACCUCUCUUUUAACUACUCCACAUAACAUAGGUCGAAUUCGCACAUUAAUGAACAACACCGACCAUCAUUACACAAUUAGUUACACGAUUGAUUAUGUACAUGUCUUUAUUUUAUUUUUUUUGUAGGAGAGGUGUUUUAUUUUACCGAAACCUCUCACAGGGUUAAUUCGACCGAGCUACGCAGUUAAGGACCCUUGAGAGUUGGGGAGGAUAAGGCCUAAGGGAUUCGUACCCCUAAAGUAUCUUUAGUGGGGUUUGAUCCUACACAACCUUAAUGUUGGGAGAUACAAACUUUACUACUACAAUACUACACCAACUACUACAUGGUAAACGUGUAUACAUCUCAAUCAUUUUACGAUCUUCUUACCC